CAGCGGAAGAGGAGGACAGAUGAUGCAAAGUCGUCGGCGGUUGAAUGCAUUAUGAGCGCGUCCCGAUUGAAGUUUGCGCUGCUGGUGGUUGUUUACAGUGUGUGUCAUGCGUUGGAGGGGGGGAUGCUGUUUCCCAGAGAAUCUCCCUCCAGAGAAGUGAAAGAUGUCAGCGGGUUGUGGCGCUUCAGAGCGGAUCUCUCUCCGGACCGGAAGCAAGGCUUUGAGCAGGCGUGGUACAAGAGUCCACUGGCCGAGACGGGUCCAGUGAUUGACAUGCCUGUACCCUCCAGCUACAAUGACAUCACGCAAGACGUUAAAAUCAGGGAUUUCAUUGGCUGGGUUUGGUAUGAGAAGGAAGUGUGGGUGCCCGCACGCUGGAUCCAGGAUGAGGGAACACGAGUGAUGCUCCGAGUUGGAAGUGCACACUAUUAUUCUGUGCUUUGGGUGAAUGGGAUUAAAAUGACGGAACACGAGGGCGGUCAUCUCCCCUUCGAGGCCGACAUCAGCGGUGUGCUGCGACAGAGUCCCGGAAGCACGUGUCGAAUCACCAUCGCAGUGAACAACACUUUAACUCUCGAGACUCUGCCACCAGGAACCAUUCAAUACUUGACCGAUCGCACCAGAUAUCCUGCCGGCUACUUCAUACAAAACACUAACUUUGACUUCUUCAACUAUGCUGGAAUACACCGAUCUGUGCUGCUGUACACCACACCGGAGGUGCACAUCGAUGACAUAACCGUGGAGACAUCGUUCUCGGAUAACAUCGGGCUGGUCAGUUAUAAAGUGUCUGUGUUGGGCGGCUCUAAGGCCGAUGUGAAAGUGACGCUGUCGGCUCAGGACGGCCGAUGUGUGGCCUCCGCAAACGGAUCUACAGGAGUUCUGAAAGUCACCGAUGUCAAUCUCUGGUGGCCGUACCUGAUGCACGAAAACCCGGGAUACCUGUACUCCAUGGAGGUUGAGGCUACAGCGGAGGAUGGACAGAAGGACAUUUACAGUCUUUCUGUGGGCAUUCGUACCAUACGAGUGACCAGCACACAGUUUCUCAUCAACAACAAGCCGUUCUACUUCCAUGGAGUGAAUAAACAUGAAGAUGCAGAUAUUCGUGGUAAAGGCUUCGACUGGCCUCUCGUAGUGAAAGACUUUAACCUGAUGAAGUGGAUGGGGGCGAACUCCUUCCGCACCAGUCACUACCCGUAUGCUGAAGAGAUGCUGCAGAUGGCCGACCGUCACGGCAUUGUGGUUAUAGACGAGUGUCCUGGAGUUGGAAUCAAAGACAUCCGCAGUUUUGGGAAUGCUUCUUUGGCCCAUCAUAUGAUUGUCAUGGAGGAGCUGGUGAGACGUGAUAAGAAUCACCCAUCUGUGGUCAUGUGGUCUGUGGCCAAUGAACCGGCGUCUGAGAUGCCGCCAGCUGAAUUCUAUUUCAAAGAACUCGUGUCACGUACUAGAUUCUUGGAUUCCACUCGACCUGUCACAUACAUCACAAACAGCAACUAUGCCAGAGAUAAAGGGGCUCCAUAUGUGGAUGUUAUCUGUGUCAACAGCUACUUCUCGUGGUAUCAUGACCCGGGACACGUUGAAGUCAUCAGUAUUCAGCUCAACACUCAGUUUGAUAACUGGUAUGAGAAGUACAAGAAACCCCUAAUACAGAGUGAAUAUGGAGCGGACGCCGUGCCUGGCCUGCACAAUGAUCCGCCCAUGAUGUUCACAGAGGAGUAUCAAAAGACCGUCCUGCAGAACUACCACAACGUGUUUGAUCAGAAGAGGAAGCAGUUUGUCAUUGGAGAACUCAUCUGGAACUUUGCUGACUUCAUGACGGCUCAAACCAUCACUCGAGUGGUCGGGAAUAAGAAAGGAAUCUUCACCCGUCAGCGGCAGCCGAAAGCCGGAGCAUUUCUCCUGAGAGAGCGCUACUGGAGGAUCGCCAACGAGACCGGUGUGCUGCCCACCUGGGCCAGAUACCCCUGCCAAUGAGCUCGCUGGAUCAGCUGCUGCUUGUGUUCACGCUGAUGUGUAACUGCCGUAUGACGAUCAUCUCUGUGGAAGCACAGACCCUUCUGGACAAUCCUUAAAUGUGAAUCGAAUCCUUUCUGAAUGCUGUUUGUCCUGUGUAAUGAGUGGCACAAGUACUGUAUCGAAACAUCAGUCCAGCUGUUGACAUGCAGCAACACUGUUACAGCAGAACAGGAAUAUCUUUGCUCAAAAGUGCCUUAUCCAGAUGUUCUGGGGAUAAACCGUUUAAUACAGAUGUCCAUAUCAUAUUUCCACCCAAAACAAAUCAAACAUUGUUUUGCACAAGCAAUGAAGCUUAUUUUCCAACCUUUUUUGUUUUAUUUUCAAUAAUUAUUGACAUUCCAAGUUUGGAUUACUGUAAUGCAACAUGUUCAAAAUCGUUUACAGUAUUUACAGUAUCUGUUGUACUGCCUUCAUUGGCGGCCGAUUACAAAAAUAAACCAUUAUACCUACAAAAAAUCUCAUUAUGGAAAUGUCAUGAAAAUAUUGUCCAAACAAAAACCAAUUGAACUUUUUUCCGAUUGAUUUUGGGUUGAAAUAUGGAUGUUUUUGUUAAGAUUCACCAAAACGAGUGUUAUCAGGGGGCUUAAUGUUGAUUAUAUGUUGUGUUCUUUGUUAUAUGUCUGUGAAUCAAUAAAAAAUGUUAAUAAAAAAAAAGAUUCACCAAAACAGUUUUAUUUAUUAAUUCUAAGCUGCAGUAAAAUAAAACAUGGCGUCUUUCUCAGCGUGUUUUGUU